AAAUUAAUAAUGAUUUGUGGUGGCGCUGCAUGCAAUUGCGCCCCCCUUCCAAAGCCCCAUCAAGUUCCGUUAGAUACCCGUGUAAUGAUUUCAAUAGAGGUAGAUGCUCAUGGCGAAAUUGUAAAUUUGCCCACGUGUGUAACACGUGCGCGGCUCCUCAUCCAGAAUUUGCGUGCACUAAAAAUCAGUCAUCAACAAGUGGAAGUUUUAAUCAGUUUAAGAAUAAGCUGUCAAGUGAGUCUGUAACGCCCCCGCAAAAAUCCUUUCGUGCCAGUCCCUUCUACAGAAGAGGCGACUCUAAAAAUGGGAGAAAAAAUUGAUAGCACAAAAAAAAACGGCCUUAGUUCGUUAGAUGAAGUUAAUUCUGAUAUUUUUUGUUUAGCAAAAUCACCUGUCAAACUUUCAGUUUUAAGGAAAUUAUUAAAAUAUUACGAUCAAGUUGAAGCUUCGUUUUUAUUAAGUGGUUUUAAAAACGGCUUUCCUAUUCAGUAUUCAGGUCCACGUGCUCCACGUGACUCAAAAAACCUGCGUUCUACUUCACUUAAUCCAGAGAUAAUAAAGUCUCAAAUAAGUAAAGAGCUUUCCGCAGGCCGCAUCGCUGGCCCAUUUAAGAAAAGACCAAUCAAAAAUUUAAUUGUAUCACCAAUUGGUUUAGUGCCGAAAAAAGUGCCUGGUGAAUAUAGAAUGAUUCAUCAUUUGUCAUUCCCGCCAGGCGAAUCGGUUAAUGACCACAUUGAUCCAGCGUUAUGCACUGUGUAAUACACAAGCUUUGAUGACGCAGUCAAGAUGGUUCAAGAUCUAGGUCAUAACUGUCAAUUAUUCAAGACGGACAUCAAAAGUGCAUACCGUAUUAUUCCUAUUAAGCCGUGUGAUUUUGAAUUGUUAGGUUUUUAUUUUGACGAGAAUUAUUACUUUGAUAAGGCCCUACCUUUUGGGGCUUCUAUAAGUUGUAUCACAUUUGAAAGAUUUGCACGGUUUUUAGAGUUUUCUGUUGAGAGAAAUCUAACUUCUGCGAAAUUGUUGCAUUAUUUAGAUGAUUUUUUAGGAGGGGACAGAUCUAAGGAAACAUGUGCGCAUGCGCUAAGAACUUUUAAAGAUACAAUGUCUGAGCUGGGCGUACCUUUGGCCGAAGACAAAACGGAGGGUCCGACGGAAGUGUUGACCUUUUUAGGCUUAGAAUUAGAUACAAACCAAAUGUGCGUGCGUAUACCUGAGCUUAAAGUUCUAGAAGUAACAAAAAAAAUUCAGGAAUGUCUGUCAAAUAAGAAAACAACACUUAAGAAAAUGCAAUCACUAAUAGGCUCGUUAAAUUUUUGCUGUAGAGCAGUCAUAGUUGGACGACCGUUCAUUCGUCGUUUAAUCAAUUCAAUUUGUGGCUUAAAUAAACCACAUCACCAUAUCAGAGUAAAAGAAGAUAUUUGUUUAGAUUUAACUAUGUGGUUACAUUUUCUGAAACAAUUUAAUGGGGUUUCCGUUUUUCAUGACCGAUUUUGGGUGUCAAACGAAGAUGUUCAGUUGUUUUCUGAUAGUGCGGGUGGCAAAAACUUAGGUUUUGGGGUAUAUUUUCAAGGUCAUUGGUGUCAUGCUAAGUGGCCGGAAGUAUGGCAUGAGUUGGGCAUAACAGAGGAUAUAACGGUUUUGGAGCUUUUUCCCAUCUUAGCGGCACUAUAUAUAUGGGGUUAUGAGCUUAAAAAUAAAAAGAUACGGUUCAACUGUGAUAAUUUUGCAGUGGUACAUAUAUUGAAUAAAUUAACUUCUAAAUCUGAAAUGGUAAUGUGUAUUGUUAGAGUGUUAACAUUACGUUGUUUAAAGCUCAAUAUUUUGAUUAAGGCUUCGCAUGUCCCCGGUUGCCAAAACAAUAUAUGUGACGCUUUAUCUCGGUUUCAGUUGACCAGGUUUCGAGAGUUAGCUCCAAACGCCGACGAAAUACCUUGCUUGGUCCCACCCUUCCUUUGGCACAUCUUCAGUUUAGAGCCGGAAAGCUUAUUCACUCUGGAAUAGCGGCCAACUCAAGAUGUUUGGAUUCUGGGGGAUUCAAUCCCAUACUGGGCCGGGAAUUAUGCAAAGAAUGCGGCUAAGGAGAAUUUGGGCUUGAAGGAUGUGUCCAUUGCCUGGUGGGCAGAGAGAGGCCUCAGAUGGGGUGGUUUUAGACGCCUAAUAGAAAUGCAGGUGUUGUUAUCUUUUCCACCUUCUAUUAUUUUUAUUCAUUUAGGUGGUAACGACCUUGUGUCGGUCAAUACAGUUCAACUACGACUUUUAAUUGAACAAGAAAUUAUAUAUUUAAGGGAAGCCUUUCCUCAUACUGUGAUAAUCUGGGUUGAUAUUUUACAACGUCAAAAUUGGUCAGGCGCUAUUAGGGGAUAUCGACCUAUCGAAAUGAAAAGAAAACGCCUUAAUCGUCUAGCCAGAAAAAUUGUUACGUCAUCAGGCUUAAGUGAUAUCAUUAUACCAGAUAUUGAUGCGGCCACGGCCUUUUUUCGAGAUGAUGGCGUACAUCUCAAUUCAGUAGGUUUGGAAUUCUAUCUAGAUUAUAUUAAGGAUGCUAUUGUCAAGCAUUUAGGAAUACGCCAUGUAUAGACCUGGAAGUUGUUACCGGUCUCUUUAAUAAAAAAAAAAAAAAAAAAAAAAAAAUAGUAUGAAUAAAUUUGGGGGAUAAAUUAAUCAAUUUAUUGUGGCGAAAAUUUAUUUUAAGAGAAGUGAAAUUAAUCAAUUUAUUGUGGCGAAAAUUUAUUCAUGGAAGAAGUCAGAUGUGUCACAUUUUUUUGCAUUAGCCGGUAAACUAUUUUGCAUUCGGUUCUGGUUACCCGGUAGCCAAUGUUAAAUGGUUUCAGUAUGGCACAUGUGUUUUUAUUUAAUAAGCUUGAAAUUAAAUAUUAGCGCGACACGUCUGGCUUUCUUGCUGUUUCGCUGCAUUAGGUACAUGUUUAUAGGAAUCAGGCGAGAUACCUCGACUGGUUAUUCAGAGCGGCCAUUACCUCCAUUAUAUAUUUUAUUGAUCUAUUUGACUUGUAUAAAAGCUAUGAUACAAGCUGAAUUGCAGCGUAUGCUCGUACAAAAUAAAUUUGACAUUUAAAUUUAUUUGGUAUUCUUUUUUCUUUCGAAUAGUA